AUUUCGGCAGAAGAAUAAUAUAAGGGGCAGCCAAAGAAUUUGUUUCAUAGUUUUGGGUGAUUAAGGGACAGCCAAACAAUUGUUUAAUCCGCUUCUUAAUUUUGACUUGUUGGCUGCUUGUUUGAUUAGUUGCUUCAACUCAGAUGCAAUAAUUCCUAGCUCCCUCAUUUCUUGUGUUUAUCCUAUACUCUGGUCUGCAAAAAUUCCUAGCUCCCUCAUUUCUUCUCAUCUCCACAAUUUCAACUUUCUAUCCUCUCUGCAAAAUCCAUCUUAAUUACCUCUUCGAUCUGCAACAUCACUGGCUAUGGCGGCUUUUGGUGCUGUUACCAUUUUAAUGGACACACUCCAUCAACACUUCCUCCAACCCACACCCAUUUUCCCUCUUCGCAACAAAACAAAGGUCAGAUUACUUUAUAAAAAUCUUUCUUCUUUGCAAGCCUCUCUUGAACAAGAUUUCAAAGUGGGGGAGUGUGAUGAAGCUAUCAAAGCUUUGGAAGCACAAGUGAGAGAUGUCUCGGUUGAACUAAGGUUCCAAAUAGAACACCAAUUGAGAUUGUUUUACCUGGGGAAAUCCAUGAAGCUUAGGCUUCACUCUGCUCAAAAGCUUCUCCCCAUAUUGAAUCAAGCAAUUAAAGGCGGCUUAGAAACUAUGGAUUUCAAUUCUGUGAUGGAGAUCCUAGGGAAGCACUUCACGCUGCCAGUAUCAGGCAUGCCGCCUCAUAUAAACAAAAUGGUCAAAUCUUUUUGCUGGCAGCAUCAACUCUUUCUCUAUGGAAAACAAUCUUACCAUUAUGAAAAAGAGAGAGAGGUUGAUAAGCAAGAUAGUGAUGAUGAUGAACAAGAGAGCAAGAAUGAACAACAGAUUGAUGAUGAACAAGAGAGCAAGAAUGAACAACAGAUUGAUGAUGAACAAGAGAGCAAGAAUGAACAACAGAUUGAUGAUGAACAAGAGAGCAAGAAUGAACAACACAUUGAUGAUGAUGAUGACGUGGAAUGCCGGCUCCUGAUCAACAUCUUAAUCCUCGCCGGGCGCGUGUCGUCUCAAAUAGAGAAAAAGGUGAAAUCUUGUUUCAGACGGGAAAGGAAAAGCGAUGAGGCAGAGAGAAGGAGGAAUAUGUUGUAUGAAGCAGAAAGUGUAAUCAGACAAGAACUGAGAGCCUCUUAUCUCAACAAAUACAUGAAACAACGGAUACAGGCUACACAAAGGAUUCGUCAACUCUUCAUCCAAGGAAUUAGCCUCACAUCUUACAUCAACAAAGAGAUGUUCAAGGUUAAGAAUAAUGCAUACCACCAAUCCAACAACUCACAAAUCAACAAUUAUCCUGUUCCUCCUACAAGGCCAGAACGCGGCAACAUUACGGUUAGUGAUUCAAAGUCUGCAAUCAAAAUGGUGGGCUGCGAUGAUGAGUUCAACACCAUAAUGGACAACCUGAGCCAUCAAUCCUCAAAACGAGAAAUUGUUUCAAUUGUGGGAAUGGGUGGCAUCGGUAAAACCACCUUAGCUAGAAAGAUUUAUGAAGAUGCUUCAUUCAUUUCUUGGUUUGAUUGUCGAGCUUGGGUUACUAUCUCACAGGACUAUAAUCCAACACAAGUGUUCCAAUGCCUGCUUCGUUGUCUUGACCCAGGGGCCAGUGACAACAAUGGAGCUAGCAAGUACGAAUUGGCUGAGAAAGUAUACAAGCUUCUAAAACAUCAAAGGUAUUUGAUUGUAGUAGAUGAUAUUUGGAAUACAGUUGUCUUGGAUGAUUUAAUGAGAUGUUUUCAGGAUGACAAUACUGGAAGUCGAAUAUUGUUGACCACUCGGCAAAAAAAUGUAGCUGAGUAUGCUGAUUCAGGUAAUAAUUUUUGCCAAACCUUGCGUUUUUUGGAUUCAAAUGAAAGUUGGAAUCUUUUUCAGAGCAAGCUGUGUAAGAGAUCAAUAACUCUAUUGUCCCCUGAAUUUGAAAAAAUUGGUAGAGAGAUAGUAGAGAAGUGCAAAGGAUUACCUCUUGCAAUUGUUGUGGUUGCUGGACUCCUCUCAAACUCCAACCAAACUAUUCAUGAAUGUGAGCAUAUUGCAAAAUGUGUCCCUGCUUUGAGUUUAGAUCAUUCUAAUCAGCAGGGUGAGAACAUCAUUGAUUUGAGUUACACCUUCUUGCCUCAUCAUCUUAAACUUUGUUUUUUGUCAUUUGGGUGUUUUCCAGAAGACGAUGAGAUUUAUAGAAGUAAGAUCGUUAAUUUUUGGAUUUCAGAGGGAUUUCUAAAGGUUUUGAGGUCUGAGAGCUUGAAAGAUGUGGCAAGGAAAAAUUUACAAGAUCUUGUGGAUAGAAAUCUUGUUCUAAUUUGUGGAGAGACAAAUGAUAGAUCCUAUAAGAUGCAUGAUGUCUUGCGUGAAUUGGCUUUGAGAGAAGCCCAAAAAGAAAAUCUUUUAUGUUUCGAGAAGGGUUAUGGUACAAGUUUGAGGUGGAAGAGAAAUGAAUCAAUAAACUCUUCCCAUAUAUCUCAACCAUGGAGCAUCCAAUCAAGAAUUUGCAGUUACAACAGUAUAACUCCUACUACCAACACUUCUUCACUGAUUGAUAGAAUUUGUUUUGACAGGCCUUCAAGACGGGUGGGGGUGCUUGCACAUUUUAAGUUUUUAAGGGCAUUACAAGUAGUCAAUGCGGAGAUAAAUGUCCAUAAUAUUUUUUUGGAGAUUGUGGGUCUAGUGCAUCUGAGAUACUUAUCUAUUCCUUGUGGGUUAAAUAUUCAGUAUCUGCCUUUGUUCAUGUUGCGGAAUUUACAGGACCUACAAGUUUAUGAUUAUUCACAGUGUGAACCCCUUGAUAUUUGGGGAUUACCUCAAUUAAGGAAUCUCUAUGUUGAU